AUGGCCCGCAGUCAGAGAGUCAGGCGUGCUACGCGGAAGGAUGCAGUUACCCGCGAAUAUACGAUCAACUUGCACAAGCGCAUUCAUGGUGUAGGAUUCAAGAAAAGGGCUCCGAGAGCACUGAAGGAGAUUCGUAAAUUUGCCCAGAAAAUGAUGGGCACUGAUGAUGUACGCGUCAACGUGCGGUUAAAUGAGUUUCUGUGGUCCAAAGGUGUGCGCAACGUCCCUUACAGAGUACGUGUUAAGCUCGCGAGGAAGCGCAAUGAAGAUGAGGAUAGUCCUCAUAAAUUUUACACACUUGUAUCCUAUGUUCCUUGCAGUGAUUUCAAAGGCAAACAAAACAUUAAUGUAGAGCCGGAGAAGUAG